AUGUCGCCUACCCUGCGGCCCCGUCGCCUACCAUGCGGCCCCGGUGCCUACCCUGCUGCCCCGGCGCCUACCCUACAGCCCCAGUGCCUACCCUGCGGCCCCGGUGCUACCCUUCCCGGCCCCGGCGCCGCCUCUACCGGCCCCGCCGCCGUCCCCACGCGGCCGCCGGCGCCGCCGAGCUACUGUCGAGCCGCCCGAGCCACCCGAGCCGCCCAAGCCGCCGCGCCACCUGAGCCACCCGAGCCGCCGUACCGCCGAGCCGCCCGAGCCGCCAGAGCCGCCGAGACGCCGAGCCGCAGUUGCUGCCGAGCCGCCGUACCGCCGAGUCGCCCUAGCCACCAGAGCCGCCGAGUCGCCGAGCUGCGUUUCCUGCCAAGCCGCCGAGCCGCCAAGCCGCCCGAGCCACCCUGUCUGUGCGAUAGGGCAGACGGUCUCUCCCUCUUUGACCUCACUUCUGGUGCCUCUCCUGCCCCUGCUGCUGAUGCUGACGCCACUGCUCGCUCACAGUGGGCCACACGCGAUGCUAGUGCACUCACUCGGCUCCCUGACUCUCUCCGCGAAGUUAGGGACCACUUCCUCUCAGUUUGCCCCACCUCUCUCACCGUUGACCUCCUCAAGAAGGCCCUCCUAGUGGCAGAGAAGAGCAUAGUCGCUGUAGGAGCCUCUCGUGGUGACCCUCGCACCCCCGUCUUUGAGGGGUGUUCCCCCUCCCCCCUUUUGCCCUCUGUUGCCUCUGCUGCUGCGGCCGACCUCGCUGGUUUCGAGUCGGUCGGCGCUGCGUCUGCCCCGAGCGGGAGACGCCGCACCGGCAAGGGCAAGGGGGGCAAGGGCGCUGGAGGGGCUGGAGGGGGUGGCGGAGGUGGCAGUGGCGGCAGUGGAGGGGGUGGGGGUGGUGGUGGGAGUGGUGGCGGGGGUGGAGGUGUCGGUGGCGGCAGUGGAGGCGGAGGCGGAGGCGGCGGUGGCGGUGGGGGCGGAGGUGGCAGAGGUGGCGGCGGAGAAGGAGGCGGCGGCGGAGGCGGCGGGGCUGGUCGGGGUGGCGCUGCGCAGAGGGUCGGCUCCGGUGGUGGUCAGCGCCAGCAGCAGCAGCGCACUCGUGACAUCCCCCCCCCUCAGCAGCUCCGUGAGUGGUACGCUGCACGCCAGCGGGGUGGGGGUACUGGUCCGUACACCUACUUUCCUGAGGCCACUGAGAUCCCUCGCUGCGGCGAGCUGUCUAGGGCGGGAGUAGCUAUCUUUGACCUUCACUUUGAUGCUAUUCUUGCUGCCAUGUAUGCUGUGACUAUUAGUGAUGAGGGUGACUGUUACCGGUGCUUUCCGCCCGACUUGGGCAUUGAGACUGCUGCUCUAGAAGCUGGUGAGGCUACUGCUCUAGGUGUUAGCGAGGCUGUUGCUCUAGGUGCCAAUGCCUCUGCUUCCUCAGGUGCUGGUGAGUCUGCUCUCUCAGGUACCGCGACGGCUUCGGCCUCCCACACCUUCACCCUUGACUCGGGGGCUUCUCGCUCCUUCUUUCGAGACCGCACCACACUCACGCCGCUUGGUCGGCCAGUUGCAGUCUCUCUGGCAGACCCCUCUGGGGGUCCUGUCCUUGCUCACUUCUCCAUUGUCCUCCCGUGUCCGGCGGCCCCCUCUGGCACCCUGUCUGGUCUUUAUCUCCCUUCGUUCUCUACGAACUUGGUGAGUGGUGCUGACUUACAGGAUGCGGGGAUUCACCAGUUCACUCCUGCGAGUCAGCGGGUGACCCACUACACGGACGCUCGGAUAGGCCGACACCUGGCCACGUUUACACGUCGGCCGGGGUCGAGCCUUUACUCACCGACCACUGAGUCUCCUCUUGUCACUGCGUCUGGUCAGGUAGCUGCGUCGGGUCAGGUGUUUGCUGCAGCGUCCAGGUCUGGUCUGAGUCUGCCCCCUGCUCGUGUCGCCUCCUGUCUCACGAGAUUCUCCUCUGGCACCACCGCCUUGGUCACCCCUCCCUGCUUCGUCUCCGAGGCAUGGCCUCCUGUGUCUUUGUCUCUGGUCCUCCCCGGUCCCUCCCUCCCCUUCCCCCGGGGCCUGCCCCUGCCUGCGUCCCCUGCGUCGAGGGGCGGCAGGGGUCACAAGCGCUACUUCCUGCUGGUGGUUGACGACUAUUCGCGUUACACCACAGUCUUUCCCUUGCGCAGCAAGGGUGAUGUCACUGAGGUGUUGAUCGACUGGAUCCGCGCAGCUCGUCUCAAGCUCAAGCAGAGCUUCGGCUCGCACUGUCCUGUUCUACGUUUGCACUCUAACAGAGGCGGAGAGUUCUCCUCUGGCCUUCUACGAGCACACUGUCGUGCACGAGGCAUCCGCCAGACCUUCACGCUUCCGGACUCUCCGCACCAAAAUGGGAUUGCUGAGCGCCGCAUUGGCAUGGUCAUGGACGUCGCUCGUACGUCCAUGAUGCAUGCGGCGGCCCCCCAGAUUUUGUGGCCGUUUGCGGUUCGGUACGCGGCGCAUCAGAUCAACCUUCAGCCCAGGGUCUCCAUGCCGGAGACCUCCCCAGCUUUGCUGUGGACGGGGAAGGUUGGCGAUGCGUCUGCCUUCCGUGUCCGGGGAUCUCGGGCGUUUGUCCGCGACUUGUCUGCGGACAAGCUGUCCCCUCGUGCUGCUCCUUGCAUCUUCCUUGGCUUCCCCCCUGACGCGCCAGGGUGGCAGUUCUACCACCCCACCUCUCGCCGUGUUCUGUCCUCCCAGGACGUCACGUUUGACGAGUGA